AUGCUUAAACGUCAAACUCGUCAAAGAAGGGAAUUCCUUUAUAAGAAAGCACAUGAAGCAAGAGAACGACAGAUAUGGGAAAAGAAACAAGCUAUUAAAGAUGCUUUGGCUAAAGGAAAACCAGUGCCAGAAUCACUUAAAAAAGAAUUAGAUGAAUUAAGAGAAGCUAUGGGAAAGGAUGUGGGUGAUUCAGAACCACUCACACAUGUUGAUGAUGAAUAUGACCGAGCGGGAAUCGAUGAUCCUAAAAUCUUAAUCACCACUUCACGUAAUCCUAGUAGCAAAUUACUACAAUUUUCAAAAGAAAUGCGUUUAAUCUUUCCAAAUGCACAUCGUGUCAAUAGAGGGACCUACGUAAUGGGUGAAAUCGCAGCAGCUUGUAGAGCAAAUGCCAUCACAGAUCUCCUUAUCGUUCAUGAACAUCGAGGUAUACCGGAUGCAUUAGUAGUCUCACAUUUUCCACAUGGUCCAACUGUUCUCUUUACACUUCAUAAUGUGGUUUUAAGACACGAUGUACCUAGUGGAAGUACUUCGACUGUUAGCGAACAGUAUCCUCAUUUAGUCUUUGAUGGCUUUGGUACUAAACUAGGAUCUCGGAUCAUGAGUGUUUUGAAAUAUUUGUUUCCUGUACCAAAGGAAGAAAGUAAACGGGUAAUGACCUUUUCAAAUCAAGCGGAUUUCAUCUCUUUCAGGCAUCACGUAUUUGUCAAGACAUCCCAUAAAGAAGUACAAUUAGCUGAGGUUGGACCAAGAUUUGACAUGCGACCUUAUGAAAUUCGACAAGGAACACUUGAACAGAAGGAAGCAGAUCAGGAAUGGGUACUUCGGCCAUACCAGCGUACUGCUCGGAAACGCAAACAACUUUAA